AUGGUAGCCCGUGGAGGAAAGGACCAGGACGAGAAGGGGAAGAGCGGGGGAGUGGAGAAGGAGAGCAAGGACAAGGAGGAGAGAAUGGAGGAGAGGAAGGAGGAGAGAAAGGAGGAGAGAAAGGAGGAGAAUGUUCUAGAGGAUGGGGAAGUCAGCGGGAUCAGGGACGAAGGAGAGUUGGAGCUCCAGCAGAGGAGUUUGCAACAGGAUCAAGGAGUGUCAGAAGGCGGAGAGAAGGAGGUAGAUGAGGUCCGACAUGCACGUAGCAAGACAGAGAGCGAGAGAGCACGCGAGGAGUGGCUGGAAGACUCGCAGGCGUUCGAGCGGCGGUUAGCUGAGGGAGGGUCGGAGAGGAGGAGGGAUGUGGCGAUAGCAACGUCAGGAAGAGUCAGGGGCAGGUGCAUCAUCUUCGUUGAGGGAGAGGGCGUGCUGUCGAGAGCAGGAGCAGGGGUGGAGGACGAACGUCUGCGGCUGCUCGGGGGUCUGUGCCGGAGGUUAGAAGGGGAGCCGGUGCUAGCGGGGGAGUGGAGAGAAGACAAGAUGCUUCUGCGAAUGAUCAACAACAGACUGCGAGAGCUGGAGGCUCCAACGUUUGAGAUGGCAACACCUCGAGUAGACUUGGAGGCUGGAGGAAGCGAUCAGAAGAUAAGAGAGGUCGUGGAGUUUCUCCGUCAAACGAGGAGCAAGCUGCCUUGGCUGGUCAUCGACACGCAGAACUUGUUGCCUGUCAGUCUUGAACUCUGA